CUGGCGUGUACCUGUCCUCUCGCACCCAUACACACACACAUACAUGUCCGCCUGAUCCCUUGCCCGACAUGCGGCGACGCCACGACCGUUUGUGUAAGGGGCGCCGACGAACGCACCACACACCAGCGAUCACAACCCCAGCCGAGGUCAAAGGCGAGUGGACAGACAAACGGACGCAUGAAUCGAAAACUGACGGCGAGAGAAGAAAAGUCACUCACUCACUCACUCACUCACUUGUGGCUUCUCUUUCGCAUGUCAGGCCAGCCAGAACGACCGUCAUGCGAGGAAUCGGGGCCCCAGUUGAAAGAAAGCGCCCCGGGGGUGGUUGCAGACCACCAAUUAUUCAGCUCAUACCCCACGAUGGACUUACGUCUAUGGUACACUUACGUGUGUGUGUGUGUAUGCAGUGCACAGCUGGCUGUACAUCCACAUCGAACCAAAUCAGCCAAAAACCUUCCCUCGCUGUAUAGGCAGGCAGGUGGGCGCACGUAGAUAAAGUCACCACAGAAAGGACGCAGCCAGCCCGCCAAUAGACACAAUGGUCCAUUCUGCACCGUUAUGCAUUCAUGUACUUGCUCAGCUACAUGGUUGGUUACUCAGCCAUCCCUCCCUUCGUACCGUACCCAUGUGUGUGCCCUCUCUCCCAAACACCAUUGCAUAAAGGUAGGUACACGCCACGACCGACAGACACGCCACCUCACCCACUACGCAUGGUACAUUCCGAUCACGCUCAGCCUUAUAAAAGACACGGCCGUGACACACGCCCAUAAACCCUGACGCACACACGUUCGACACGUACUCGCACAAACAAAAAGAACCAUCCAUCCAUCCCAUCUGACAGUCACCGUCUCCCAUCCUCUCUCACUGCCCCUCAGUGGUGUCGUGUUCAGCCGAUCGCCCGAAGGAUGGCGUCAUCUCACGCGAAUCGCCUGCAUUGCAACACAUGUGAGCAUGCCACACCACACCAGACCACACCAUGCCAGCGCAUUCAUGUCGGCGUGCGGUUGUCUAUGCAUGUGUAUCUGUCUUCUUUCUUGUGACCUUGGUGUGGAUGGGCCCUGAUGGAUGCAGUUCCAUUGAAGGUCACUUUGGCGCGGCUUAUGGGAGGCGGGGGAGGGGGACUCACCUGCAGACACGCACAGACACACAGGGAUGGAUAGAGUGUGUUUGUGUGCGUGCCGUUAUGUCCCACCUGUGCGUCCCUUUGUGUCCCAGUGGUCCCCGUGGACACGUCAGGUGUGCUGGGGGUGACCUGCUGGCCAGCCACACCACAGACAGAUCCGAUGAGCAAUGACGUAUGCAUACGGUGUCGAUGGCUUUUUUGGCUUUAUCCGUACGUCGUGUGCGUUUGGCGUUGCCGCCGUGGUGGAUGGCGUCUGGAACGGACCACCACGAAGCUCAAACUUGUCACGCGGCUGCAACAGGCAACCGGCACACACACGCGCGCAGACAGACAGACAAGCAAGUGAUACCCAGACAGACACGCCGGCCUCUGCUGAUACCAUACCUGUUCGGGAGGCGUGACGGUGACAGUGGGAGCCGCUGCGCUCACUUGGGCCGCCGCACGCUGACAAACGCCCAAUGCUCAAUACAGCCACCAGUCUCUCGCCCGUCACCGUUCCAUUCGCUCACCCACCUGUUCGGCGGUAGUAGUGGUCUCAGGUGGUGGUGCCGAUGGCUUCGGGAGCGGCCCACGAUCGUCGAACCGCACCGCACGCAGCGUGGGGAAGGCGCCCUCGUCCCGACGGCCCUCCUGCUUCAUGAUCCCAACACGAGGCGGCGGAGGGCGCACAACGUCCUGCUGCUGCUGCUGCUGCUGAUUGACAGACAAAGGGCAACAGAGGGAGAGGGAGGGAGAGAGAGUGCGUGGCCCCACCUCAUCUCCCCAACCUUCAUCUGUGGUGUCACUCACCUGUGUGGUGUCCGCUGCUUUGAGUCUAGGCGGCGGUGCUGGUGCACGCUGGGGUGGAGGCGCGUAGGACGGAUACCUGCGUGAGCAAAGAACGCCCGUGCCGUACCGUUCGCCGACUGUGUGCUUGUUCGUCCCUUACUGUGGAGGUCUUGUGGGCAUCUGUGGUCGAGGAAGCCGCAUAUGCGGCUGAAGCACCUCUGAUGUAUAUCACACACGGAGGGAGGGAGGGAGGGAGUCUCUUGCGUGACGUAUCACUUGCCGAUUUUGAGGCACGUGACGUGACGAGCCUCCUUUUCGCGUACCUUCCCGUGGUGGCGACGACUCCCUUGUUUCGCGUCGGAUGGUCAGCUGUGCCGGACGGUAGUAGUCGAACCGAGGGCUGCGGGGGAAACUGAACGAGCCAUCGACAGACAUCCCAACCCACGCACAGACAGACAGACAGACAGACAGGUAUGCAUCACACAUACAGCUCAAGAGAGGCGCCACCAUAUUCCUACCGACCUGUAUUCGGGCGCGUGUGGGAGCACCAGAUGAUAGUUGGGACUGUACGCGCCAGGCCCUGAAGCACACCAAUCACAACCACACAGAGAGAGAAGAGCGAUGCUGCCCUGCCCGACACAUCCUCCCCACAACGGGUGCGCCUCGAGUGUCAUCACCUGGUGUGCCCUCAUCCUCGUCAAACCGGUCGUAGUAGCGCUUGCUCGUCCUGCACACAAGGGAGGGAACCAGCAUUCCCACAGAUCUCCCCAUCCUCCGGCCCAGCGCCUCUGUCCGCUUACGAGAGGAACGAUGAUGUGUUGUGCGCGUCCCUGCGGUAGGGGUUGGUUGAUGCGGAGGUCGUAGAGUACAUGGGAGGGUCGCGACGGUCGUCUAGCCACCACAUACGUCGACGCCUUCACCUCGAAUGGAUGCU